UUUUCUACCAACGGAAAAAAAUUUCUAGGGCCGCGUCCGCGCGCCGGAGCCGGGGAGGGGCGGCUGCGCCCCCGCCCCCACACAGGGAGCCCUCCUAGGGGAGGGAGGAACCUGCGCAGAAAAUAACAUCACUGUUCCCGUUUCCUUCUGUGGGCAUCAAGCAUUUAACCACCUUGAUUUCUAGGCAUUGGUAACAUGGCAAAAGAUGCUGGACUAAUCGAAGCCAAUGGAGAGCUUAAGGUUUUUAUAGACCAAAACCUUAGUCCUGGAAAAGGGGUUGUUUCAUUGGUGGCUGUUCAUCCUUCUACAGUAAAUACACUUGGAAAACAGCUCCUGCCAAAAACAUUUGGACAGUCUAAUGUCAACAUUGCACAGCAAGUGGUUAUUGGUACACCUCAGAGACCUUCAGCGCCAAAUACUAUCCUGGUAGGAAGUCCACAUACACCCAGUUCACACUUUGUAUCACAGAACCAGACUGCAGACUCUUCGCCUUGGUCUGCUGGGAAGCGCAAUAAAAAAGGAGAGAAGAAUGGCAAGGGUUUGCGACACUUCUCUAUGAAGGUUUGUGAGAAGGUGCAGAGAAAAGGAACCACCUCAUACAAUGAGGUGGCGGAUGAGUUGGUUGCAGAGUUUAGUACCACGGAUAAUCAUAUUUCACCAAAUGAAUCACAGGCUUAUGACCAGAAGAAUAUUAGACGACGUGUCUACGAUGCCUUAAAUGUCCUUAUGGCUAUGAAUAUUAUCUCUAAGGAGAAGAAGGAAAUUAAAUGGAUUGGUCUACCUACUAACUCAGCUCAGGAAUGUCAGAAUUUAGAGGUGGAGAGACAGAGAAGACUUGAAAGAAUAAAGCAAAAACAGUCUCAGCUACAAGAACUUAUUCUACAGCAAAUUGCCUUCAAGAACCUCGUUCAACGAAAUCGUCAAACAGAACAACAGGCAAAUCGACCACCACCUUCCAAUUCUGUCAUACAUCUGCCAUUUAUCAUUGUGAACACCAGCAAGAAGACCGUGAUCGAUUGUAGUAUUUCAAAUGAUAAGUUUGAAUAUCUAUUUAAUUUUGACAAUACUUUUGAAAUUCAUGAUGACAUAGAAGUCCUAAAGAGAAUGGGAAUGGCUUGUGGGCUAGAAUCUGGAAGCUGUUCAGCAGAGGACCUAAAAAUUGCAAGGAGUUUGGUUCCUAAAGCUCUGGAACCAUAUGUGACAGUGGUUGUCCUUAUGUGUACUACACUUCAGGAUGCACGUGCACCCAGGUCUGAAGAUUUUUCUCUAGCAGGGUCUGUCUGGUCAUCGUGUGUGCCCUCACUCUCCUGCGCGUCACUCGAAAAGAAAAAGGGAGCUGCCGGACUGCCGCUGUUUUAGUUCUUUCUUUCAUUAAUGAUUGUGGAUAGGGCUUCACAGUUUGUGCCAACUUCUUCAGCUUCUCUUCGUAAAUAGUUUAAAAAAAAAAAAUUUUAGUGACAGCUCUGAUAUAUAGUUAAGGUUAAGAUCAGCUUUCUGUUUAAAGUCUAUUUAUUCUAGGGGUUAUAAAAGCCAUAGUUAAUGAGAUUGCCUUGAAAUUUGUUAUGCUUCAUAAAGGUAGGGGUACAAUCAGUGAAUGAAAUUUGAGGUCACCUGACCAGUGGGUUCCAGAGAUAUAGCAUUAAGGAAAAAAAACAGCUCGUUUAAAAAUUGACACAUUCUAAAAACUGAGAUUGAACCAGGGCUCAGAUCAUUGCACAAGUUACUCAGAUGCUCAAAGGUUACCCCAACAGAAUGCAUGGUACUCACCAUCCUUUUGGGGGAAAUCAAAUUAACAUGUUACUUGAAAAAGGUUGCUUCUCCAGUUAGACAUGCUAAGGCUCACAUGCCUAAUGGUUUAUGCUGAACAAGUACAGAGAGAGAGGCUAUCUGGAAAACUAUCUCUACAUAGAACCACAGAAAUGUAUGAGUGGAAGGGAUCUCAUUAGGUCAUCUAGUCCAAUCCCCUGCACUGAGGCAAGACUAAGAAUUAUCUAGACCAGUGAUGGGCAACCUGUGGCCCAUCAGGGUAAUCCGCUGAAAGGCGACCAGACUGUUUGUUUACAUUUGCAUGGCCGCCUGCAGCUCCCAGUGGCCGCAGUUUGCGGUUCCUGACCAAUGAGAGCUGUGGGAAGCGGCUUGGGCCGCAGGUUGCCCAUCACUGGUCUAGACCGACCCUGUCAAGUGUUUUUCUAACCUGUUCUUAAAAACCUUCAGUUAGGGAGAUUGUGGAAUCUCCAUAGGUAAUUUGUUCCAAUGUUUAACUACCCUUACCGUUAAGAAGUUUUUUGUAAUGUCUAACCUAAAUCUCCCUUGCUGCAAUUUGAGCCCAUUACCUCUGGUCCUGUGCUCAGUGUAUAAGGAGAACAAUUUAUUACCCUCAUCUUUAUAACAACCUAUUACCUACUUGAAGACUGUUAUGUCACCACUCAGUCUUCUCGUCUCCAGGAUAAACAAACCUUUUUUUUCCCCUCAAUCUUUCCUCAUAGGUCUCAUUUUCUAAACCUUUAAUCAUUUUAUUUUAUUUUAUUUUAUUUUUUUGCUCUACUCUCAGCUUCCUUCAAUUUGUCUACAUCUUUCCUGAAGUGUGGUGCCCAGAACUGGACACAAUACUCCAGUUGAGACCUUAUCAGUGCUGAGUAGAGUAAAAUAAUUGCUUCUUUUAUUUUGCUUCCAAGACUCCUGCUAAUACAACCUAAAAUGUUUACUUUUUUGGGAACAGUAUUAUAUUGCUGACUCAUUUAGUUUGUGAUCCACAAUAAAACCCAGAUCCUUUUCUGCAGUACUCCUUCACAGGCAGUCAUUUCCCAUUUUGUGUUUGUGCAGUUAAUUAUUCCUUCAUAAGUGUAGUACCUUGCAUUUGUCCUUACUGAAUUUCAUCUUAUUUAUUUCAGACCAUUUCUCCAGUUUGUCCAGAUCAUUUUGAAUUCUAAUCCUGUCCUCCAACCCCUCCCAGCUUGGUAUCAUCGCCAAACUUAUAAGUGUACUCUCUAUGGUAGUAUUCAAAUCAUUUAUAAAGAUUUUGUAUUGAACAGACCCAGGACAGAUCCCUGUGGGACAACACUGAAUAUACCUUCCAGCUUGAUUGAGAACCAUUGAUAGCUACUCUUGAGUACAAUUUCCAUCCAGCUGUGCACCCAUCUUAUGGUAGGUUUGUCUAGGCUGUAUUUCCAUAGUUUGCUUAUGAGAAGGUCAUUUGAAACUGUAUCAGAAGCCUUACUAAAGUAGAGAGAUGUCCCAUAUACUGCUUGUCCACAAGGCUUGUUACCCUGUCAAAGAAGGAUGUUAAAUUGGUUUGACAUGAUUUUUCUUGACAAAUCCAUAUUUACUAUUUCUUCUCAUCUUAUUAUCUUAUAGGUGCUUAUAAAUUGAUUGCUUGUUUUCUUCAUUAUCUUUCUGGGUACCCAAGUUAAGCUGUUUAGUCUGUAGUUCCAUGGGUUGUUCUUUUUUUCCUUUUAUAGAUAGGUAUUAUAUUUGCCCCUUUUCAGUCCUCCGGAAUCUCUCUUGUCCUCCACCAGUUCUCAAAGAUAAUCACUAGCAGCUUAGAGAUCUUUUUCCAACCAUCCCUUAAGUAUUCUAGGAUGUAUUUCAGCAGGCCCUGCUGACCUGAAGACAUCUAACUUGUCUAAGUAAUUCUUUACUUGUUCUUUCUUAUUUUAACCUCAGAUCCUACCCGAUUUACAUUGAUGUUCAUUAUGGUAGUCGUCCAAUCACUGCUAAACUUUUUGUUGAAAACUGAAACAAAAAAGACUUUUUUUUUUUUUUCUUUCAGCCAUUGCUGUGUUCUUCUGUGACUGUCUUUGCCUCUUCAUAGAGUAAUGGGCCUUGGUAUUCCUCUUCUAAUGUAUUUGUAAAAUGUUUUCUUGUUACCCUUUGUCCCUAGCAGCUAGUUUAAUCUCAUUUUGUGCUACAUGCUUAGUUGUCUUUUUUUGUAUUCAUCCUUAAUAAUUUGACCUAUUUUCCAGUUUUUUGUAUGACUCUUUUGAGUUUCAGGUUAUUGAAGAUCUCCUGGUUUAAGCCAAAAUUAUCUCUUACUAUACUUCAUCUUUCCUACAUGCUGAGAUAGUUUUGCUCUUGUUCCCUUAAUGAUGUCUCUGUAAAAAAAACAAAACAAAACAAAAAACCUGCUAAUUCUCCUGAACUGUUUUUUCCCAUUAGACUUACUUCCAACAGGAUCUUACCUACCAAUUCUGAGUUUGCUAAAAUCUGUUUUUUGAAGUCUGUUGUUUUUAUUCUGUUGUUUUCCCUUGUACCAUUUCUUAGAAUCAUGAACUCAUCAUUUCUUGAUCACUUUCAGCAAAACUACCUUCCACCUUCAAAUCUGCAAUCAGUUACUCCCUGUUGGUCAGGAUCAGAUCUAUGAUAACCUCUCCCUUGAUUGCUUUCUCCACCUUCUGUAAUAAAAAGUUAUCUCUAGUGUAUUCCAAGAACACAUCAGAUAAUCUGUGUCGUGUUGUAUUGUUUCCCCAGCAGGUGUGUGGGUAGUUGAAGUCCCCUCGUCAUCGUCAAGUCCUGUGCUUUGGAUUAUUUUGUUAGUUGUUUAAAAGGACUUAUACAUCUCUUUUUUUCUGGUUAGGUGGUCUACAGUGGACUCCUGCCAGGACAUCACUCUUGUUUUUUACCCCUUUUAUCCUUACCAGAGACUUUCAGUAGGUUUGCCUCCCACUUCUAUCUUGACCGCAGUGCAAGUGUAUACAUUUUUUAUAUACAAAACAACAACACCCUUUUUUCCCCAUGCUUGUCUUUACUGAACAAGCUGUACCCUUUUAUACCAAUUUUCCAGUUAUGUGAAUUAUCCCACCAAAUCUCUGAUGCUAAUUAUGUUGUAACUGAUUAUUCACUUAAUAUUUCUAGUUCUUCCUGCUUAUUUCCCCUCACAUCAUAGGAUUUGUGUGGCUCCAAGGGCAUGAUGAUGUUAUUGAAUCUGAACAUUGUGUCAGGCACUGAGAGUUCAAAUCCAACUCAGGACAGACAUUUGAAAUUUAAAAAGCCCCAGGCAUACUGCUCCAGUCUUUCUUUGUCAAAGGGGGGAUUUUGUUUUGGGGAAAUGAAAUCUCAGUACAGCAGAAUAUUUGAAGGCAAUGAAGCUAUUUUUUAAAAACAAAAUAAACUACAAUGAGCAAAUGCUUGCUGAGGGAGGAGAGGGUAACUAACAGUGGAAAAGUAUGUGGGAAUAGGAGGAGAAGAGGGAUUGGGGGGACAGGGGAGGAAAGUGCUAGGACAUUGAUAAUGGGGGGUGAGUGAGGUGCCUGUUAGCUCCGCAGUCCCCUCCCAGGUGGGUACCACAAUCUGGGAGCCCCCAGGCCAUCUAUAGGACUGUUAUGACUCCCGCUCCCCCUUUCCUGCCCCUUUACGUGAGCCAGGUUUUAGAAGGGGCUCACCUAUUGGGAUGUGAGUCUGAGCCCUUCUUCCUCCCGCUAUCUGAGCUGAAAUCUGAGGUUCCUGGUCCCUGGGAAUGUCUCAGUCCUGUUCCCUGCCCCACUGUGUGUGCCAGGCUCUGGGUGGGCCCUGACAUGUAUUGUGACCUCUCACCCCCCUGCUCCACGUGAGCCAGGUUCCAAGGGGGCAUGCCUUUCUAGUAGCUUCCAAGCCCCUCCCCCACAUAUGAGCCAGAAUCUGGGAAAGCCCUUCCCUUCUGGGUGGUGAGCUUACAAUAGGCAUGUUUGGAGCAGGCACCAAAAACACACUGCUGAGAUUGGUGUGAAGUGCUGAGAAUGGGUAUGCUUGACAUGUAUCAGAAACUCUCCAGCUCUGGGUAGCGGGGAAACAGAACUCCCAUGCCACAUGAAUAUGCCAGUUCACAGGUGUCAGAGUUGUAUCAGGUGUGUUCUCUUUCAUCUGAGAACAUCUUGUUAAGCUGAAUAGGCUACUUAAACAUCUCUCUGAGCCCUUUAUGCUGAUAAUGGAUGUGUAGAGACCCUCCGAUUCUCCCUUUAAUUUUAUAAUGGAAGGCAGCUCUGCUCUACCUAAAGCCUUGUCUACACUGCCACUUUACAGCACUGCAACUUUCUCGCUUGGGGUGUGAAAAGACACCCCCCUGAGUACUGCAAGUUUCAGCGCUGUAAAGUGGCAGCGUAGAUAGUGCACCAGUGCUGGGAGUCACUCCCAUCACAGGUGUGGUUUUUUUACAGCACUGGGAGAGCUCUCUCCCAGCACUGGUGCUGCAACUACAUAGCCACGUUAAAGUGCUGCCACGGCAGCGCUUUAAUGUUGCUAAUGAAGACAUACCAUAAGAUAGAGAAGUCCUUCCUGUUAAGAGUGAGUGUUUUUAGAGCACUAAAAUAUAUGUGCAAACAUGACAUGUCUUAAAUUGCUCAUGCUUCAUGGGCAUAGGUGCUGACUUCCCUUCUUUCCUGUGGGUACUUGAACCCCUCCCACCCCCAUUCCAACCUCUUCCCCAAAGUCACUGUCCCAACUCUGUCCCCUCCCUGCCUCUAUUCCAGUUCCUUCUCCAAAUCCCAACUCCGCCUCUUCCUUGCCUCCUUCCCUGACCUCACCACAUUUCUGCUCCUCCCCCUCCUGGACCAUGCUAACGCUCCCAAACAGCUGUUUGGCGGUGGCUGGGAGGUAGGCGGAGGAGCAGGACACGGCGUGCUCAGGGAUGGAGGAGGUGGGGUGGGGAUGAGGGGAGCUUGGCUGCCAGUGGGUGCAGAGCACCCACUAAUUUGUCCCCUUGGGAGCUUCAGCCCCAGAGUACCCAUGGAGUCAGUACUUAUGCUCAUGGGAGUUUAGGAGAGUAGAGUUUGAUCCAAAUGUGGGGUCAUUUGAGCAAGUGGUUCCUGAGAUACAGCCUCUCCCCCAACCCCUAGCAUUCCAUUAAGCUCACAGGUUUUAGCAACUUUGAAGUUUGAAACCCACUGUAGGCAGAGAUCUGGGCAUGAAUUGUUAAGAUUUUAUUUUGGAGAAAUGUAAUCUGAGUGUACAGAAGAGUAUUCAGAAGACUCUGAAACUAUUUAAAAAAAAAAUUAUACUUCUUUGAGGUGUGUCCCUGUGGGUGCUCCACUUUGGGUGUCUUGGCACCCUGCACUUGUAAUCUAAGAUUUGUAGUAGCAGUGUCCUGGUUGUCCACACAUGCUCAGCAGCCAUCUCCAAGUGGCUACUUGGUGUGCGCAGCCAACCAUCCCCCAGUUUCUUCUUUACUGCCUUUAGCUUAUCGGAGCAACAGCAGCUCCUCUCUAACUUCAGAUAGGAAAAACAGAAAAUAUUAAGCUAAUAGCAGUAGCCUAUCCAUUUUGUUCUUUGUAGACCCUAUGUUUUAUUUUUAUUGUUUUUACCUUUCCCUCACCCUGCUGCGCCAGCAGUGCCUGGCUUGAAAAACAACAACAAGAGAAAAAUAACGGGCUUAUCCUGUUUCACUCUCCAAAACAAGUACUCUCUCAGGCAUGCCCAGCUCUCCUGGCUUUAAAUUGUGCCUGACCUGCAGACUUUCUAUACCUAUUUCUGAUGGCCACGCACGAUAUGUCCUCUGUCUUGGUGAGACACACAUUGCUCAAAAGUGUCCACAUGGCAAGAAAUUAACUGCUUGGACAAAGAAGGCCAGGGAUCUUCAGCGGAAAGUCCUGAUUAUGGAGAAAUCCCUCAAGCCAGCUUCCGUUGAGGGAUUUCAGGAUGCCUCCUGGCCAAUGGUCACCAGUGGCAGUGUCUGACUGGGUUAUACCUCUAAAACUGCUGCUAGUGAGCCUGCUCCCAAAAAGUCUAAUAAAAAACAGUCUCACUCUUCCCCUCAACAAGAUUCGCCAAAAAGAAAGUGAUCUUCCAGUGGAAAGUCUGCCACAGUACUGAGUGUAUCAAACCACGAGGCAUCAGGAAUGUCCAGUACCAAGAUUUCCCGAUGAGCUAUGGACCCGGUGCAGGCAAGGUAUGCACCCUAAAGCAAAACCUCCCAUCUCAGCACUGAUGGAGCUGAAGCAAACCUCGUCACUGAGUAGUGCAGUGGCACCACCUGCUGCACCUGCACCACACAGCAAAUGAUCGGCACUGGCAGCUCGUGCUCUAAUUCAUAGUCAGAGCACACUGCUGACACCAGGAACUCCUCUAUUCAGUAUCAAUGGUACCUCAGCGAGGCCGGGACCAAUCAGAAUGACAACUCUCUGUGGCUCAGCACCUCCCCUCUCCAGUAAUGAGGAGGAAGAGGAUGAGGGAGGCAUAUAUACCUCUCGCCACUCCUCCCUUAAACUGGGACCCUCUCAUCACCAACCACCUGCGGAACUGUGUGGCUGGCAGACUCAACACUGACUACUGCCUCCUAUUUCUCUUCCACCAAAUUGGCCUUAUUGGUACCCAUGGGCUAUUUAUAGGGCCCAGAACCUCAGGCCUUCAACCCACCAAGAUCCAGAACAACACAGUCUCCUUUGCCAAUGGACCCAGCACUCUGAGGCACAGUAUUAAGAGGCUGAAGAGCCUCAGGAUGCACCUGAAGGUGAUACGCUGCCACCCACACAUUUUGUCUUCAUCACUGGAUGAAACAAUAACGCCCUCACUCCCCAUGGUGAGAGAUUAUUUUCCAGGAUCUCUUUAAAAGGGUAGCCAAAUCCCUGGAUAUUUCAUUAUCAGAACUACCAGAAACCCAACAUAGUCACAGACGUACCUCAGGCGUCCUCAACAGCAAAAAUAUGGCAGCAUUAAUAGGCAGCUCUAAUGGACUCUGCAAAGACAAACUGGCAGACACCCACCAGCGCAAUAGCCCCUCCCUCUUGCAGGACAAAAAAUAUUAUGUGCCAGCUAAAGGGGUUGAGUUUCUAUUUACCUACCCCACACCAAAUUCACUUGUGGUAGAGAUGGUCAAUCAAAUGGGAAAACAACAUCAGUCCAAAACCACUCCUUAGGAUAAGGAGAGGAAAAGACUGGACCUUUUCAGGCGGAAAGCCUAUUCUUCUGCUACAUUACAAUUCCACAUAGCAAACUACUCGGCCCUGCUGGCCAAAAACGCACACAACCUCUUUUCUAAAAUGUCAACCUUUAUUGAGCAUCUACCAGAUGACAAGCAAACAUUUCUGAAGGGUCUCUCGUUGCCAGGACAGCCCUCCAGUCCUCCCUCGGCUCUGUAGACAUGGCAGCACGAUCUAUCUCAAUAUCUGUAGUCAUGCCCCGGGCAUCCUGGCUCCAUUUCUCCGAGUUCCCAAGGGAGGUUCAAUCCACCGUCGAGGGACCUGCCCUUUGAGGGCCAAAAAUUGUUUGCACGAAGCAACAACGUGUCCUUAUACACUUUAAAAGACUCCUGAGCCACCUUGAAAAAUCUGGGCAUCUAUGUACCUACAAACAAAAAGAAACAAGACAGGUUUUACAACCAAAGAUUCCAGCUGCCCCAUACUUCUUGCCUCAAAGACACUACGACCAAGGUGAAAGCAGAGACAGACAAGAUGCCGGCAGAAUCAAGAUCAAUCUUCCACGUCUCACCCAUCCACCUCCAGACAAUCAUUUUGAAGGUGUGGUUGAGAGCAUGAGACCUCUUUUACUUUGGGAGCUAGAUCCUGUCUCCAAACCAUUCAGAGACCACCUGUCACCCUAUUACCCAGCCUGGAACAACAUCACUAUGGACAAAUGGGUGCUGGAAAUCAUCCAGAAGGCUUACUCCAUCUCCUUUAUUUCUAUUCCAUCUAUCCACCACACUUCCCCAUCCCUCUUAAAGGACCCCUCACCCCUUACAGCAGGAAGUAAAUCAUCUUGUUCAAUUAGGUGCCAUUGAAUCCGUACCAGCUCAACACAUAGGGAAAGGGUUUUACUCCCAUUACUUUCUUACUUAGAAUAAGAUUGGCAGAUGGAAACCUAUGCUGGACUUAUGAAAGCUCAACAAAUUCAUGAGAACAGAAUGUUUCAAAAUGGUGACUAUCUACAAUAAUUCUGGCCUUCUACCUUUAAGAUGCUUAUUUUCACAUUCCCUAGGGUGAAUCUCAGGAAUCUUCUGUGUCAGGUGAAUGGUAAUCAGCAUUUCCAAUACAGAGUGUUAACCUUUGGCCUGUUAACCGCCCCAAGGGUCUUUUCCAAAGUUCUAGCUAUUGUCGCAGUUCACCUUUGCAGACAGUGAUUUUUUCCAUACAUAGACAACUUUUCUACAAGCAACAGCAGAACAGACAGCACUGAAUGCCACUCACACCACGAUAACCUGGUUCACGCACCUUGGGUUACAAAUAAAUCAUCAGAUAUCCACAAUGGUUCUUGCCCAACAGUUAGAAUUUAUAGGAGCUCACCUGAGCUGUCUUGCAGCAAUAGCAAGGUUACCCCAACGCCAUUUCCUCACCGUAAUCCGUCUAAUCGCGACAGUGAUGGACAGUCCACAAAUAACCUCCAGAACAUGCUUACAACUCUUGGAGCACAUGGCUGAAGCAACGUUUGUUUUAAAAUAUGACCGGCUUCACAUGAGAAACCUACAAGCCUGGCUCCAAACUGUCUUAUAUACCACACAGACAUUCUCUCAACUCACUGGUCAUGACUCCCUGCAGGGCAAAGGACUCACUCACAGGGUGGGCACAACCAGAGAACAUUUGUUAAAGUGUCCCCUUUCAACAGAAAGAUCUAACCAUAACGAUCACGACAGAUGCUUCCCUUGUGGGUUGGGGGGCACACUUAUGCAACAAUACCAUCCAGGGUCGCUGGUCCCUAGCAGAGUCCAAUCUCGACAUCAAUAUACUGGAGCUUAGGACAGUCCAAAAUGCAUGUCAGCAUUUUUUCUUCCCUUGAUUCAGAACAAAGCCAUCAAGAUUGUCACAGACAAUACAGCAUGCAUGUUCUAUAUAAACUGCCAAGGGGGAGCUCAGUCAUACCCCCUCUGUUCAGAGGCAAAACAUCUCUGAAACUGGUGCAUCACCAAUAACAUAGACAUUUUUGGCAUCCUGUGUACCAAGAUGUCAGAACACAACAGCGGACCAAUUAAGCAGGGACUUCUCUCCAACAUAUGAGUGGGUGAUAGAUACUGGAACCCUAACAACCAUAUUCCAGCUAUAGGGGUUCCCCACUAUAGACCUAUUUGCAACAGUUCAAAAUACCAAAUGCCCACAGUACUGCUCCCAAGCCUGGCUGGGAGACCACUCCCUGGGAGACACUCGCCUUGUAAAGUGGGAAGCCCCACUGUUGUAUGCAUUCCCUCUGAUCCCACUACUGGGUCAGGUCAUUCACAAGAUCAAACAGGACAAAUCCAGGGUCGCUUACAUUGCACCCACAUGGCCCAGGCAAACAUGAUUCCCAUGCCUGAGACAGAUGGCAGUGGAACCACCCCGAAUUCUUCCUUUAGUACCUCACCUGCUGACAUAGGAUGCUGGACGUGUCUGCCAUCCUCACCUUGCAGUCCUUCGUCUCGGGGCCUGCUACUACGUGGCUAAUGAGGGCCGAGAAGGACUGUUCCAAGGAAGUGAAAGACAUACUAUUGAACAGCCGUAGACUGAGCACAAGAAAGACACAUACAUAAGUGGAAAUGAUUCUGCACUUGGUGUCAGGACAAACAAAUUGUUCCACAGUCAUCCCCGUUACCCAGAAUCCUUAACUGCAUAUUAACACUUAAGAAAUUGGGUGUAUCCACCAGCUCACUCAGAAUGCACCUCUCUGCCGUCAUCUCCUUCCAUGACAAAGUGGACAGAAUCACUAUCUUCACUCAUCCCUUGACCCCCUCUGUGGAAUCUCAGAUUUGUGCUUUACAGUCUCAUGGGCAAAUUGUUUGAACCCCUUGCAAUUUGUUCCUUGUUGCACUUGUCUGUGAAGAUGGCCUUCCUCAUUUCUAUCACGUCAGCAAGACGAGUGGGAGAAGUAGGUGCCCUAAUGGCACACCCACCUUAUGCUACUUUGUUUACGGACAAAGUGGUCCUAAGGCCACACUCUAAGUUCCUACCUAAAGUUGCCUCCCCAUUUCAUUGAAAUCAAUCCAUGUGCUUACCUAUAUUUUUCCUGAAGCCACAUGCUGACAACAGGGAGACCGCCUUUCACAUGCUAGACAUCUUCAGCGUGCUAGCUUUCUACCUAGAAAGAGCAAAAGCAUUCAGAAAAUCAUCCCACUUCUUCGUGUCUACAACUGAACAUUCAAAGGGUCAAACAGUCUUGAAAAGGAGACUAUCCAAAAGGAUAUCUGACUGUAUCCAUUUGUGUUACCAAAACAGCAAUCUGUCAGCUCCAUCGCGAGUCUGCACACACUCCACCAGAGUGUUAUCUGCAUUUGUGGCCUUUCUCAAUAAUGUGUCCAUCAUGGACAUUUGCAAAGCUGCUACCUGGGCAUCUGGCCACAGCUUUACUAAACACUGUGCUUUCGAUCAACAGUCAGCUACAGAUGCUCAGUUUGGUUUCAUGGUGUUAUCCACCUUAAAUAAACCAACUCUGAAGCCCCUCCCCUCCGCUGAAGGGCAUUGCUCAACAGUCACCUAACUUGGAGCACCCACACUCCUCGAAGAAGAGAAAGUUGCUCACCUUGUGCAGUAACUGAGGUUCUUCGAGAUGGUGGUCCCUGUGGGUGCUCCACUACCCCACACCCCUUUCCUCCCCUCUACUUCAGAGUUCCACGUUGAUGCUCUGGGGUAGAGAAUGAACUGAGGGACAGUUGGCUGUACGUGCCAAGUAGCCACUCAGAAUGGUACAAGACCAACCGUGGCACUGCUACUACAAAUCUCCAAUUACAAGCGCAGGGCGCCAAAACACCUAAAGUGGAGCACCCAUAAGGACAACCAUCUCAAAGAACUUCAGUUAGUGCACAAGGUGAGUAACCUUAUGUGAAUGCUCACUGGGAGGAUGAAGGCAGGGGUGAUUGGGGUGCAAGAGUAUUUGGUAAUAGGGGAUGAAGGGUUUUGGGUCUUCAGUGAAGGAUGGGAGUAUUAUGGGAAGGGGAGUAAAUGGAAAAUGUGUGCUGGGAAGGGAAGAGGGGGGUUGGGGAACUCAGGUAAGAGGGAAGGUGAUAGGGAUUAGGAAGAACUGAAGAGGUUGAAGAACGUGAGGGAUAUCUGAAGAAUUUGGCAAUUUAGGAGUAAGAAGGCCCUGUCAGCCCUAAAUUUUCCAAUUCCCAUGUGCGUGCUGGGAUCUGGUGGAGCCCUACCCCUCUGCAGGGGUCUGAGUCCCUCUCCUGCUUAUUGUGUGUUCUGGAAUCUGGGGUGACCCUGUUCUUCUUGGAGUAUCUAAACCCCUUUUUCCUAUCCUUUCAUGUGAGCUGGCAUCUGAGAUGGAGAGAAUGAAGGUAACACAAAUUUAAAUAUCUGAAAUUUAGAAAAUGAACAGUGAAGAUGCGUAUUGCCCCUGUGUGGGACGGGAGGCUGGCCAGUGUAUGGGAGGAAGGGAGCCCCAUUUGGAGGAGGGGCUGUCUGGGUGCCUUGGGUCAUGGCUGGAGAAGCCUGGCUGAAGCAGGGAGCUAGGUGCCCAACUCAGUGUGUAGCUCAGGCUACAUAACCAAGAUAGUGUGCAACCUUCCAGGAUUCUGCUGCCUGUAAUACAUGUACCUAGCAGCAUAGGACAGAAAGACUGCAGGGAUCAGCAUUUUACAUGUGAAUGGCUUCUGCAUUGCCGUCUAAUGUCUUAAUGGGAAAUGAAGGGGAGGGAGAGCUGGAAACAGUUGGCAGGAGGGAUACGUGUCGUGGGGAACAGUGGGGUAGGGGAGAGAGACAUCACUUUUCUCUCACACACUUAAGGUUACUGUAACAACCAUAUACUACAAGAGUCAAGGUUUUGUCAUGUACACCACAGAUAAGAUUUCUCUCACCAGCCCUGUUAGUAGCUACAUAUUUGCAAACAUUUCAAAGUAUGACCAUUAUCCCUACUCUGCUGGAGGGGUGGAGGAGCACUGAGGAAUCGCACAGGAGCUGAGUGGACUAGUGGAAAGACCACUGAACUGAAACUGUUCUCAGCUCUGCCACUGGUAUGCUGAGUGACCUUGGGUAAGUCACUUCACCUCUCUGUGCCUCAGUUUCCAAUCUGUAACAUGGGGAUAAUGAUGGAAAGUUUUUUAUCUAUUGAUUAAAAGCACUAUAUAAAAGCUAGGUUUUUUAUUAACUAUCCCCAGUAGCAUAUCAAAUGCAAACCUAGGUGAGAACUAC